CAAUCCACCCACACCUCAAUUCAAACAUACAUAUUUAUAUUCUGUUUCUAUAGAUACAGAUAGAUGCUUAACUUCAUCAAUCACUGCUUUAAUUCCUUGACAAUAAAAGUAUGAUUCUCAACACAACUACAAAUUCAUUUCUCAAAUUCAAUAAUAAUAAUAAUAAUAAUAAUGUCAAUCAUUCUCUCCCUCUUUCUGCAUUUCGCUCCAUGGGAGUAAUUUGGAGUGUAACUGCAUCUGGUAAAAGCUCUGUGAGUGGAUUUUCCGGUAAGGUUAGAGGAUCAGAACAAAUUAAGCAUAAGUCUGCUCAUGUUCGCAGUCAACGUGCGGAAGAGAUUGUAAUUGAGGAUGAAGUUGCAGUAAUGUUAGAAACCGGCUCAUUAUUGAAAAGCAUUUCUGGCCUACCAAAUCCUCUUGGAGUAUCAGAAACUGAAAACGGAAUCAACUUUGCUCUUUUUUCUCAACAUGCAACCUCAGUUACUCUUUGUUUAUCACUUCCAGAUAGGGGAAAUGAUGCAUUUCCGAAUGAUGGGAUGAUUGAGCUGAAAUUGGACCCACAUUUAAACAAAACAGGAGAUAUAUGGCACAUAUGUGUUCCGGAAUUGCCUCGAAGCAAUGUCAUCUAUGGUUACAGGAUAGAUGGUCCUCGAGAUCAUAAUGAAGGGCAUCGUUUUGACAACAGUACUGUUCUUAUAGACCCUUAUGCAAAACUAGUAGAAGGUCGUCGGAUUUUUGGGGAUACAACAGAUAAAUUCUCUAAAUUCUAUGGAACUUAUGAUUUUAGUAGCUUGUCAUUUGAUUGGGGAGACAAUUAUUCCCUACCAAACAUACCAGAGAAGGAUCUUGUAGUAUAUGAAAUGAAUGUCCGGGCAUUUACAGCUGAUAAAUCUAGUGGAUUGGAAGAGAAUAUCCGGGGUAGCUACCUUGGUGUAAUUGAGAAGAUACCACAUCUAUUGGAACUUGGCAUCAAUGCAGUGGAAUUGCUACCGGUCUUUGAGUUUGAUGAGUUUGAAUUCCAGAGACGCCCAAAUCCCAGAGAUCACAUGAUAAACACAUGGGGAUAUUCAACAAUAAAUUUCUUUGCCCCGAUGACCCGUUAUGCCAGUGCUGGUGGAGGACCAGUUGGUGCUUCUCAGGAGUUCAAAGAGAUGGUUAAAGCUUUGCACCUUGCCGGCAUCGAGGUCAUCUUGGAUGUUGUUUACAAUCAUACUAAUGAGGCUGAUGAUAAGCACCCUUAUACCACAUCAUUCCGAGGCAUAGACAACAAGGUAUAUUACAUGGUGGAUGGUAAUGGCCAGUUAAUGAACUUCUCAGGCUGUGGUAACACACUGAACUGUAACCACCCUGUUGUCAUGGAGCUCAUACUUGACAGCCUAAGGCAUUGGGUUACCGAGUAUCACGUGGAUGGAUUCCGCUUUGAUCUUGCGAGUGUUCUCUGUCGAGGAACAGAUGGUUCACCACUUGACGCUCCUCCGCUUAUAAGGGCCAUAGCAAAAGAUAAUACACUAUCCAGGUGUAAAAUAAUUUCUGAACCAUGGGAUUGUGGAGGCUUAUAUCUUGUCGGGAAGUUCCCAAACUGGGACAGGUGGGCCGAAUGGAAUGGGAUUUAUCGUGAUGACAUGAGAAGAUUUAUGAAGGGUGACGCUGGUAUGAAGGGAGGUUUCGCAACUCGAGUUGCUGGUUCUGCUGAUUUAUAUAAAGUUAACCAACGGAAGCCAUACCAUGGGGUCAACUUUGUUAUAGCACAUGAUGGAUUUACUCUUUAUGACCUUGUGUCAUAUAAUCACAAGCACAAUGAUGCGAAUGGAGAAGGUGGCAAUGAUGGAAGCAAUGAUAACCUCAGCUGGAAUUGUGGGUAUGAAGGAGAAACUUCUGAUGUAAAUAUCAAAGCCCUGCGUUUCCGGCAGAUGAAGAAUUUUCAUCUGGCAUUGAUGAUAUCUCAGGGUGUACCAAUGAUGCUAAUGGGAGAUGAGUAUGGUCAUACUCGCCAUGGAAAUAACAAUAGCUAUGGACAUGAUACUUCUUUAAACCAUUUUCAAUGGGGACAAUUGGAUUCACGAAAGAAUGAGUGCUUCAGAUUCUUUUCUGAGGUGAUCAAGUUUCGCCAAAGUCAUAGAGUAUUUAGACAAGAAUAUUUCAUUGGCAAGAAUGAGAUUACAUGGCACGAAGAUAAUUGGGAUAACUAUGAGAGUAAAUUUAUUGCAUUCACGCUUCAUGAUGGCGACGAAGGGGAUAUUUACUUGGCGUUCAAUGCACACGACUAUUUUGUUAAAGUUCCAAUACCUUCUCCACCUCAGACACGACGUUGGUUCCGAGUGGUGGACACUAAUCUAGAGUCUCCAUAUGAUAUUGUCCCUGAGGGUGUCGAUGGCAUUGGAGAUACAUAUAAUGUUGCUCCAUACUCUUCAAUUCUUCUCCAAGCGAAGCCAUAAUUAUGCUUAAUUCGUAGCUCAUGUUGUGAUAGAGAUAAGUGUCGUAGAUUUAUGUUCAAUAAUAAUGUUAUGCCCACGAUACUUUAGCAACUUAACAUAUGCAGAUGUAGCAAACAUGUAACCUGAGUUAUCAUAUUUUCUAGACCAGAUGGCAGAUACAAACAUACAGUAUAAGUUUAGCUUGAACCA